CCCCUGAGAGAGCAGUGCCCCAAGCAAGCCACCGUUGCCGCCGCUGGAAGCGCCCGGAGCAGGAGCCGUUCAGGAGGGAGCACCGCACCGGCGUUUCCGGCACCGAAGGUCGCAGUCGCUACAGCCAAGCUAAACGAAAAUGCACGGACAAUCCGCGACACUCCUGCUGCUCGUGUUCGUGGCGAGUCACGCCUCCGGCCGGCCUGCUGACACGGGUGGUACAAGCACCGCCAAGAACGACCACACUGCUCGCGAGGAAACGCUUGCGAGGCUUCUACGGGAGGAGCUGAGGACGCUCGAAGGCUCCUCCUUCCCCAUGUCUGGCAUUCGCCGCGACACCAGCGCCGUCUCCGCUAUAGUGUCAAGCGACGACGGUGAUCUGGCCGGUUCGUCCGCGCAUGUGGACGGGCCUAGGGAUGCCAGCGUGGAUCUUGCUGCCGUGCCGGAGUCCACUGGCAAUAAUCGGGUGUCCAGCCAUCAGCAUUACGAGGUGGGACGUUCACUGGGCUCCAAAGAUUCCACGCCAUUCGAGGAAGCCAUCCUGCAGCAGAGACCGCCUUCGUACAGGGAAUCGGACCACUUGGCAGAAAAGCGGGCGCUUCCGCCACACGUCGUAAGGGCGCGUUCUUCUGGCGAUGGCUUCCUGAUGAAACUCAGGUCUCGCUCGCGGCCCGUGUACAAGCCUUUGUAUUCGUCCAGCGAACACCUGGCAGCCAGGCCUGCGAUUCCACUCCCGCAGAUUGAAGCGUAUUUGAGUAGCAAAGCCGCCGAGUCGAUCGCAGUUGGAGCGCCGUCUCUAUUGGACGAAGCUAAGGAGGACGUCGCUGUACCUGCGGUCACGCAGGCCGAGGCACUCCAGGGACUGUCGACAGUGUUGCCACCGAGAUACACUUCGACGAAAGUGCCUUUCCAAACACCGACCGUGUUUCCAUUUGUCCCCAAGACCACAGUGGCCCCUAAAGUACCGGAACUCGUCCCCGAGCCCUUGCCGGAAAAGCCAGUUCUAUUGCACGCCGUCGAGGAACUUGUGGGCCAAGAAUCCGUUUUACAAUCCUCGUCCAAGGCACCACCGAUGCCUAGCACAUCUACUACAGAAGCUCCUAGCGUCUCGUACGACACUACUGCUACGGAAGUCGCGCCAUCUACGACAGAAGUAUCGAAAGCAGCUGUGACGCUUGAAAAGACAGCCACUGUUCCUAGUGUUGAUGAACACCCACCGCAAUCACCAAAACAGCAGACAGUGAAGGCAGCGACCACCACGCCUACUGUGUCAUUUCCGACGAACCUGUACCUACCGGACGCCCUGGUUUUGUCCAACCAGCACAGCAAGCCUCAGCACUCGAGGUUCUCUCCGGGAACCGUUCCGAGCAGGCGGACGGCUACGCCUACGUACUCUGAUGAACACAGAACGAGUGCUACGGUUCCGUCGACCAGAGCGCCGCCACCUUUCCCGCCGAGGAGGCGACUGACAUUCCAGCCUUUCAGAAAAACUACAACAGCGCCAGUCCACUCAUCUGUAUCUACGGAUGCCACGCCGCAGUGGCAAAAGGAGUCGCCUUUGCCACCACACUACGCCGCAGACGACGAAUUCGACAUCGUGAGAAGGAAGAAACCUGUCCUGCGGCCCGUGCUCGACACGACUAAAAACCAUUUUGUAUCAACUGAACCAUCUGUGAAAACAGAACUUAAAUUUCCCGAGGUACCUGAGGAACUAGGCGAAGGCCACCACGUUGAACACGCUCAGGUCGUCCAUCCCGGUGAAAAUAAAGUUGAAAAGAAUGAGCCAUAUGCCCCUCCAACGAGUGUUAACACUCCGUUGGAUACUGGCUCUGCCUUAUCAUCGGCCGACGAAGUGAAAACACCACCUAGCAACCUAGACAAACCGCCAAGCCAGGCCUCCGUGUCACACAAUGACUCUGCACCGACGAAACCUCUUCACUAUGGCCUCAAUUCGGAGGUGGCACCAGCUUCUGAGUCAUCUGAUGGUGAGACAGCUGCGCUGGAUAAGCUGUCUCCGACGGGUCCAGAGAAGGACAGCCCCAUUGCAAAGCCGGCACCUGAGCUUACUUCAAGCUCAGACGAGGGGUCCCUCGGCCUUCCUGGUUCUCUGAGUGACCAGCAGAGUGCUCUCGAAAUCUUGGAGCAACUUCACAAAGCCGAAGAAGCGCCCAUUGAAGAGCCAUCUGCUCUCGCUGACCCAAAAGCAGAUGCUGAUGCCCAGCCGUCCUUCAACAUCGAUGACAUGAUGGUGUCCUUAGCAAUGGGUGAAGGUGACGGUUCAGACGGAGCUGGAGACGAAGCGGAUAGUGCCCCACAAGCACCAGCUCAUCUUACUGACAUGCAAGGAAGGCUCAUCUACUAGAAUUGCCUACAAUGCUGCGGUUUUCUUGGGGGUACAAUGCGAGUUGCAUUGGUGUUAUAUGGCGACAGCUCAGCUGUGCUGCUAUAAGUCCUUAGUGGAGUGACGGUCUCUUUAAUGCACUAAUGCUGAAAUUUCACUAUUUUCCUACGCUGUUCAAUUAAAAGAAACGAUAGUGACAGUUGAGCUGCUGGACAGCUUUAACUGUAUGGUCCUCUUUGUCGAACGAAUGCGAUGCCCUACUCAACUCCAGAUGCACAUAGCGGGAAAUAUGCAGUGACAUCAAAAAACUCAUUGCGCCUAACUACUGCUCAUCCAUAUAGGAAGUCGCUCCCCUCCUCUCAUAUUUAUGUCUUUGCCACGCAAAGUGCAUUCCACGUGUUCCUUCGAAAACCAGAGCACAGUGCUAUUUCUAACUGCAGCGUCAAGGGUGUGGUAGGUGUGCGCAGCAUACUGGGAUUUUCAUUCUAAUAACUCGAACUUGGUUCUCGGAUACCAAGAAUACGGCGUUGGAAGGUCGGCGUCACGUUGUAAUCAUGGUUCUGUUCGCUUUUGCUGGGCUAAUCAAGUCUGUCGGUAGGGUUUUCUCUAGUGGUGUACAAGUUGUGGGUAAGUGGCAGUGUGGACAUCUUUGUCCCUACGAUUGUUCAGACGUGACCAUGAUCUCAUCCGUGUUUUCGGAGCUGUUAUGCGGCGUAAUUUCUUUGACCCUGCGGGCUGCGUUCUACGAGGCCUCGCAGUUCACAAUCAUAUGGAUGGGAGCCUCUGUCAUUACUCAGUGUUUUCGCCCUUAUUUAUAGCGUCAUCAAAAAGGCGCCUUUGCGCAUCUCAUCUCGUCAAAAUAAAAUG